AUGGCCCAGCUGCUCUGUGCUCCUCUACAAGUCACCACCACGCUGGUUCUGCUCCUGUCCAUGCUCCAUGUGGCUGCUGGUGGGAAGUUGCUGGUGGUGCCAGCAGAUGGGAGCCACUGGCUCAGCAUGACGGAGGUGCUGGACCAACUCAGCCUGAAGGGCCACGAAAUAGUCGUCCUUGCACCUGAGCAUAACUUAUACAUAAAGCCAAGGAAGAGUUUUGUUAUGAAAAGCUACCCAGUCAGUUUCACGCAGGAAGAGCUGGAGCAUACUUUCUGGAAAACUACUCAGAAUGCCUUUUUCAAAGGAUCCCUUCUGGAAAGAAUUCUGAAAAAUUACGAAGGAGUGAAAAAUACUUCUGUCAUCUUCCUGGAUACCUGUUCAAGGUUACUGGACAACAACCAGCUCAUCAGAUACCUUGAGGAGAGCAAGUUUGAUGCUAUCUUCACAGAUCCCAUCCUGCCCUGUGGACAGAUCCUGGCUGAGCAUCUCGCUGUCCCUUCCGUAGCUUUUUUGCAGCAAAUGCCAUGUGGUUUAGAAUUCGAAGCCACUCAGUGUCCCAAUCCCCCUUCUUAUAUCCCCAGGGUAUUCACAGACCUUGCAGACCGCAUGACCUUUUUCCAGCGGGUGAAGAACCUCCUGUUUGACUUCCCAAAUUUUUUCAUGUGUGAUGUUCUCUAUCAACCCUACGAAACACUGGCUUCCAAGUUCCUUCAUCGGGAGGUGACUGUGACUGAGCUCUUAAGCCAUGUCUCCAUCUGGGUGUUGAAGAUAGACUUUGUUUUACACUACCCCAGACCACUGAUGCCCAAUAUGAUUUUAACCGGAGGAGUGAACUGUGCUCACAAGAAGCUAACUCAGGUAGACCGUGCUCUGUUGUUUCUUGUCAUCCUCGCAGGCUCUGGCAGACUCUGA